UAAUGCGCUUUCAGACCCCGGAAAUAGAAGAACAAAUUCAGUGGCGGGACGUUUAGUUGUUGCGUUCGGAACUUUGUCAAAUAAAUUUGAUCGGAUGUGACACACAGUUAGUGGAAAAAUGUGCGAGAAAAGCAAAAUCGUGAGCCAGUGGCUCAAGAAGGUGUUCGGGCAGCAGCCGGUGCCGGAGUUUGAAGUGAACACGCGCACAGUGGAGAUUCUGUACGAGCUGGCGGAGAGCAGUGAGAUGAGAUGCAGAGAGGCAGAGAUGCUCAUCGAGGACCACAAGCAGAAAACAGAAGAGUACAGCAGCGAUGGAGCUCAUCUCCAAGAAGUGCUUCUCCAGGCAGUGGGACUUCAGGCGGGAGGAUUUUCCAAACCCACAGUGGACCUGCUGUCGGCGCUGGAGGAAACUGCUGAAGUGCUCAAACUCAGAGACACAUCACUUGGGAGCUAUAUGCCUGCAAUCAAUAAACUGACCAAUGACGUGCUGGAGGCAGAGAAAACUGACCGGAGGUUGCAGCGGGAACUUUCUGCUGUUAGGAAGAAAAUGACUGCAACGGUUGUUCUUCGGAAGAAACUUGAGGAUGAUCUGAUGAAGAUCACACAUAUACAGCAGGUGGAAGCAGCUACAGCAGAGGAGAGGCUUCUGAACAUGGACUUCAUGAAGAAUAAAUCCAGAGAUCUCACUUGCAGGAAUAAGAUUGCACAGGAAAAGCUGGAUUCACGGCAGAUGGAGGAUUCUUUUACCCAUCAGGCCACCCUGCAGUUAUCAGAGAAAAUCACAGCUCUAAAAGAGGAAACACUACCUUUGAAGAAGAAACUAGAGCCGUAUAGUGACUUGAGCCCUAGUCCAGCACUUGCACGGGUGAAAAUCGAGGAAGCCAAACGAGAGCUGGCUGCCCUGGAUGCCCAGCUGGAGCAGAAAGUGGACUUCAUGAACACUUUAUCUCGAUAAUUAACAAAAAAUAUAUUUAGAAAAUAAACAAUAAAAUAAAAGCGUGUUGAUAAUUGUAAUAG